AUGAGUACAGAAGAUUUCUACAUUGAAGCCUCUGAGGAAACACUACAAUUGAACUACUGUGCAUUAGCAUCCGUAGUCCUCGUAUUCUAUGAACAUAGUCUCACUCUCGCCGACGAGAUCCGACUCAUAUGGGCCAGCAAGAUGACUGGCCCCAAAGUACUCUUCGUUGCAGCCCGUUACAUCCUCUGGGCAAUCUGCUUGGUUCAGAUCUGGCUGAUAUUUCCUCAAUCAAAUCGCACAUCUCAAUUAUUGUCGUGCGCCAGAAGUAUGAUCACCGAUCUAAGUCAGUACGUCGUCAUGCUUGUUUUUUCGGCACUCCGUGCCUACGCCAUCAGUGGGAAACAUAAGGCACCUGCUAUCAUCAUAGCAAUACUACUAACAUUUUCCGUCAGCAUCAACUUGUACCAAUACAGCACAAGCGUGUACGCCAUAGUCUUGAAUGUCGGCAUCAAAUCGAUGUGCGAUUGGGGCUUCAUGGUGUCGCAGAACAUUGGCUUAAUCCUGCUCACUUUAGUGACAGUAAUCAAUAUGGCUACAUGGCCGAGCCCGGGAAUCGUCAGUGCCCCUUCCGAUGCGCAGGCUGUCUCCCAAGAUAUCACGUACUUCCAGGCGACACGGCGCAUCUGGCAUGUCAAUGGCGGCACAGGACCACGAACUUUCAACUACCGAUUACCAUGGUUCCAACGGCUCAAACUCCGAAAUAUGGGUGAAUAUCUCCAUGACGAUGAUACAUUUCAUGCAUCGGAGCACGAUGAAGAGUUGAGCACCGGAGUGGAACAGGAAGUACUCGAACCUGAAGAAUAG